UCACUUCUACAGUGUUGACUAUAAUUUCUUUUAUCUAUAUUUGGGCUUUAAGCACGUAUAAAGAGCAAUGUCCAAACACCCUUUUUCUUUCUACGCUAAAACCGUAGUCUUUUCUGCUCAACUUGCUACUUGUACUAAUUCUAUUAGCUUGCCUGUAAAAAAAAAACAAAACUCAAAAGUAAACCGUCGGGUUUUACACAAAGCAAAGUCAAAACAAGAGAGAGAAAGAGGAAUACUGAUUAGGGUUUGAGAGAGUUAUGGCUACCACAAUAACUUUCUCUGCAACUCAUCACCACCUGCCGUCUGGUUGAAAGGGGAACAAGAGAGUAUACUUUGCUGCGUUUCAGUCAUCUUUUCCGGUGAGAUUCACAGGACAAGUAUACCCAGAAAAUUGAUACGUUUAUAACUAGCUUUAAGUACUGCGAAUCUUAGAGAUCGAUCUGAAGCCAUGUUUGAACCAAACAUGUUUGAGAGUCACCACUUGUUCGACAUGACUCCCAAGACCUCCGACAGUGAGUUAAUCGGAAAGAUCAGAGACGACGACUAUGAGACGAAAUCCGGCACCGAGACGGCAGAGGCUAACUCCGGCGACGAUCAAGACCCUAAUCAGCGCCCCAAGAAAAAGCGUUACCAUCGCCAUACUCAGCGUCAGAUCCAAGAAAUGGAAGCUUUCUUCAAGGAGUGUCCUCACCCAGAUGACAAGCAAAGGAAGGCGCUGAGCCGUGAGUUAGGGUUAGAACCUUUACAGGUCAAAUUUUGGUUCCAAAACAAGCGCACCCAAAUGAAGGCACAAAAUGAACGCCAUGAAAAUGCAAUCUUGAAAGCUGAGAAUGAGAAGCUCAGAGCCGAAAACAAUAGGUACAAGGAAGCCCUCAGCAAUGCCAGUUGCCCCAAUUGUGGAGGCCCCGCCGCGCUUGGAGAAAUGUCUUUCGACGAGCAGCAUUUGAGGAUCGAAAAUGUGAGAUUGAAGGAAGAGAUUGAUAGAAUAUCUGGCAUAGCUGCCAAGUACGUAGGGAAGCCUAUGGAUUCAUUUUCUCAGUUUUCAUCCCACACCCGUUCUCUUGAUCUCGGUGUAAGCAGUUUUGGAGCACAAUCAGGCGGUGGCUUUGUUGGCGAAAUAAGUAUGGAUGAUCCAGGCAGACCUCCUGGUAUUGUUCUAAGCGCUGCUACUUCGUUUUGGAUCCCCGUCUCACCAAAGAGAGUCUUUGAAUUCCUUCGUAAUGAGAACUCGCGGAGCGAGUGGGAUAUCCUUUCAAAUGGAGGUCUAGUUCAAGAAAUGGCUCACAUAGCUAAUGGUCGUGAACCGGGCAAUUGUGUCUCUUUACUACGGGUCAAUAGUGCAAAUUCCAGCCAGAGCAACAUGUUGAUUCUUCAAGAGAGUUGCACAGAUUCUACAGGCUCAUAUGUAAUCUACGCGCCAGUAGAUAUCGCGGCCAUGAACAUUGUCCUGAGUGGAGGAGACCCCGAUUACGUUGCCUUGUUGCCAUCAGGGUUUGCCAUUCUGCCUGAUGGUCCUGCAGGGCUUAAUGCAACAGGUAUUAUGGAUGUUGGCUCUGGUGGUUCUCUACUCACAGUUGCAUUUCAGAUACUGGUUGAUUCAAUCCCAACCGCAAAACUCUCUCUCGGCUCUGUUGCAACGGUAAACAGUCUAAUCAAAUGCACAAUCGAGAGGAUCAAGACCGCGGUGAUUUGAGCGCUUGCUAGGCUUAAAUUAUGAGUGAGAAUGAACAAGUAGAGAAAUAAGAAAGAAAA